AUGGCGUCAGCUGUUGGAAGUCGAACAGUGGGUGACUAGAGGUGUGGUGAACGUGGGAUUUUACAUCUGUAAAUUAUAUUUAAGAAAAAAAGAACUAUCAACUAAUCCAAAUGCAACCCGAACGAGGAACCAGCCGCUGCACGCACUCGCACAUUUCCGCUCUGGGGACGGAUGCGCCAAAAUAUCUUGGCGAAUGAUAAAUGUGGACCAUCAUGCAGAUACGACAAGCAUGCCCUGCUGACCAGCGAGCCCGGAUUAUUUGCUCCAUAUCGGCUUGUACCAACAAGAAGUUCCAGCACGCUGCUCACCCGGCUUCAACAACAGAGUGAAACAGAAACAUCACAACAUCUUAGGUCAUUGUGCAGUUUAUCGAGAAGGAAGCGAAAAUGUUGUACGUCUUCCUGGUCGAUACAGGCAAGAUGAUGACCUUCGAUAUGAACCACGCUGUAGAAAGUGUGAAGAACCUGAAGGAGGUGAUAGCGCAGCGCUGCCACGUGCCCCCCGACAAGCAGGUGCUCCUGAUCAGCGGUGGGGAAAGCCUGCAGCUCAGUGCGUCGGUGGGCAAGUACAGCGCCGGCACGGACACCAACCCCAUCUUCCUCUUCAACAAGGCCUCCAUAGAGUCGGACGCACUCUCCAGAUCCGGCGACCAAUCCGUGCUCUCUGAUGAUGACAUGCAAGAUGGAGUUGAGGAAGUGCUGAACCUGCCCCCAUCUUACAACACAGUUGUAACAAGAACCCAGCUGGCUCAGGAGUUUUACGAGCGUGCACGCCGUGAGACCAAGGCAUGUGAAAUGCUUGUCCACGACCAGCACCUACAGCAGCAGGGCUGGGCUGCCGUCGUUGCCAACUUGGAAGACACCACAGCAGCCUUCAGGAACAGUGCUGCCACGUUUGAGCAGUCCUUCGUGGAGUUCCUCCGGAACAAGCCCCAGCACACAGCACUGCUUGAAAGUUUCGAGCGUGAUCUGGAGCUCCUGUCCAAGAUCCCAGUCCUGCCGGCUCUCCUCUCGUCCAAGCCGAUGCAGGAGACCUCUUCAUUCAUGCUACUCGACUGGAUUCAUUCACAGGACAGCCAGACAACAUUGGACAAGGUGGCUGCCCAGUGUGUCCAGUCUCUCAAACAGGCAAGUAGACACAUUGAUCUGAACGAUGCCACGCUAGAGAAGGUGAAGGCGGACGUGGAGUCGACCCUGGCCUCGGUGGACAACCCGACCAUGAAGGAGAUCAAGGGACUGGAGGAGCGUCUCUACGGCCUCGAAGACCUGAUGCACAAGGCACAGAGGCUGGUCCAGGACCAGCAGGAACUGGCACAGGCAUUUGCACAGAACCAGGCUCGAGCAUCUCAUCUCAAGGACCCGAGCAUCUUUCCGGACCUGUGCUCCAGCCACAUCAAGCAGCUCAAAAUGAUCCUGGCCAACCACCAGCAACUCAGGGACAUCAGGCGGCGCUGCACGGCCGCCAAGAACGAACUGUCGGAAAAUCUCAAUUCACGGCUGCGGUGGAUCAUCUACGUGGAGAAGGCCAUUCACGAGGUGAAUCUUCGCAUGGUCUUCUACUCCGAGACGGCCAAGCGGCUGUGCAGGCACCUCGAGGUGUUUCGGCAGGUCCACCUGGCACCCCACGUCUACCUGCACGCCGUCGCGGAGGUGGUGCGGCGCCGCAACUUCUCGCUACAUUUUCUGGAGUGGGCAGGCUCUCUGUCAUCUCACUGCCAGAAGCUACAUCAGAACGAGGUUGAGACAAGAAAUGCCUUCAACAGCCAGUUCUCAAAGCACUUUCUGCGGGCGCUGUUUCCGGGCAUGCAAGAUCUUCCACCCCCAUUUGCGACCCGGAACCCCAAGCCCUUUGACGACCACCUCCCCCCGCUGGCUUCGGAGGACUUGGAGCUCCUGCGGAACACACUCCCAAACCUGCCGGAGCUUUCUGAUCUCCUGGUGUCCGUGGCCUUGCCGGCCUUUCCGGAGGUGCCGCUCCGUUCGUCCUGCGGUUCGGUCGAUGCUCCGCCGGGUGAGGCGUCUUCGGAAAUGCGAUCCUGCGGACCAUCGUCGCAGUGCGAGAUGCGUUCACCUGAAAAUGAUGGCCUCAAGGACUCGACUCUGCAAGCGUCUCAGACUGGCAGUCGGGAGGGCUGCAGGGACCAUUCAGAGUCCGACGACCACGAGCGCACUCCCAAACUGGCCGAGUCGGACGACGAGUUCGAGGAGGUGUGCGAGACGCCGGCGUCCACGGCGCGCACGGAGGAGACGCCACUCGACAGGGGGCGGCAGGACGCGGUGGUGCAGUCCCCAGACUCACUGGGUCACGCCUCUCAGGACUUCAUGACUGCGGACUUCUACAUCGACGAAUCGAUGCCGUCCUCCUAUUCGGACAGCAACGGCCUGGCCCCCGCCUCAGGGGCGCCACCGGCAUCUCUGGCCCGGGGGCCACAGGACGCAGUCGCGGCCGAACUGCAGAGGCAGCUCGAAGAGAAGAUUGCGGCUCUUUCGUCCACUCAGCGUGAUCUGGAACAAGAGCGGGCUCGACGGCAGGAGUUGAGGCGUAGUCUGUGCGGUCUGCGAGAGGUUGCGGCGGUGGUGUGUGCAAGCUCGCGCUCCGACAUGGCCUCGCUGCGACAGGACCUAGAGGCCGCACGUCGGAUGCUCAGCGACCACGCUUGCCAGAUGGGCAGCGCCGUCGACGACGUUCUUCAGGCACUGCUCGCACGUGCCGAGAGAGAUCAGGCACAGGCGGUGGCCGCAGAAGUGGAGCGAAUUCGCCGUGAGUGUCGCAGUUCGGACGAAGAGCUGCGCCACCAGCUGGAGGUGGAGCGCCUGAAGCUGGAGGACGCCCACCGGGAGGUCCACCUGUACCAGCAGCAGCUUCAGCAGCUGUCCCAGCUCGUGGACAGCCUGCGGCACGACUCGGCGCUCGCCCUGACCAGCCUCCGGAGCACCCUUCAACAGGAGCACGAGUCUGUGCUUGCCAAGAUGGUCCUGGAGCACGAGCUGGAGCAAGAGUCGACCCUGGAGCGGCUCCGGGCCUUCCAGAAAAGCCACGAGGAAGAAGUCCAAGACCUGAACGAGUGCAUCUGCGAGAGGGACCGUCAGAUCCAGAUGCUGUUUGUGGAGCACCAGGGGCUGGAGAACCAGCUGAACGCCCACUACAUCCUGGACAAAGAGGAGCUCCUGGCCCAGUGCCAGCAGGAGUUUGCCAAGCGGGAGCAGGAUCUCAGGGACGAGCUGGCCAAACUCCACCAGCAGGAGAUUGACAGGCUUCAGCGAUGCCGCGAAGAGGCCAUCCAGAAGGCGAUCGAGGACGGCAGGCUGAAGAUGCAGCGCGAAUGGGAGGAAUCUCAGUCGAAGGAGAAGGACACCAUCGAGGACAUUGUAGACGCAUCCUCAAGCGACGCGGACGGGCACGCAAGCGAGCUGAAGUCCCUGUGUAGAAAAUACGAAGAACAAAUCUCCUUUAUGAAGGCCAACAUGGAAGCAGUGCAUUGUAGGCUUCUGGAAGAGGCGAUCAGUCGAGCCAUCCAUGACAAAGACGAAGAACUGUCCAGGAUCCAAGGCCGUUGUGACAAGUUGACGAGGCUGCUGGAGGAGAACAAAGGCUUGGGAGGGACAGCCAAAUCCCUGGAUCAGGAGGACAACAACCCGUCCACCGAGCUUGUCUCGCAGAUGCAGCUCGGCGUCCCGUGCUCUCAGGCCGACGAUCCCAAUGGAGCAAGCAUGAUGGAAUCUACGGUUCGACUGCCACAGCAGGCAGACCCAUUCCGGGAUCUCAGAAAUCAACUGAUGUGCAAAGAGCAGGAGGUUUCUCGACUACAGCAGAAAAUGAUGGCCAUGUCGGAUACCUUUGGCACCCAGCCUCUUAGUCUGCCGACAGACAAGGUGUCCGUCCUCACAUGCAGUGCCGGGGACGUGGUCUUGCUCUGCUUUGACGAGGGCCACCAGAACUAUGUGCUCUUCGUGCUUGGACCUGUGUUGCAUUUCCUUCACACGGACUGCCUCGAGACGUUGGGCCUGCAGACGGCUCCUGGGUCCAUCCGCAAGGGCUGGGUUCUGGCUGAAGUGUUGGAGAAAGAAUACUGCCAGGCACGCAAGUCGCAGAACCGGUACCGGGUACCUGCCGGCACGCGGUUCUACCGUGUCAAAUGCAAGCUUUGGGACAAGGAAGCUGCCAUGCGGAGGGAGCAUCAGCGCCGGCACUCGCUGCGCGGGCUCACCACCACCACCUCGAUGCUCUCCGAAGAGUCCUCGGCGCCGGGAAAUGUCAGCGCGCCCGGCGAGCCCUUCUCACCCCAAGACGCCCCCCUGCAGUUCCCCAUUCCCUGAAGAAAGCCCGACAUGUUCCACCAACACUGCCGACGGACUACCCUUUUCGCGAGAGUGUCUCGAGUGAUCCUUUGCUCGUCAACGUGGGAAUGUGCACGGACGGGACAUUCUUUUUAUUACAAAAUGCCGUGCUUCGUUUCGGAGGUUUUAGCACGUGCUGGCAGUUCAUACUGCCGCGAGAUUUUGUGAGGAGCUUUAUUUUCUGUGAGCGGCGUUCGUCGAACAGAGAGAGCGCAGCUCGAGCUUUGUAAAGUAGUCGUAGGUCCCUUAACUGAAGUCAGCGAUUAAGCUUUUUUUCGUGGCGACGCAGUUGUAGCAUUUCGGAUGCAGCCAGUUUUUUGGCAGCAGCGUUUGUGAGGAGUUCUAGACCAAUUAACCCAGAUGACAGGUGUUAGGGCUUUUCAUCGACUGUGUAGUUUGCGGCCACGCAGUAGCAACCGUUUGACGCGACUGCAACAGGAAGCGAUGUGAAACAGCCCGACUUUGCAAUGACAGUUGCAACAAUUUUUAACGCUCUUCAAAGUGAAGAAAAAUUCACCUUGUAACAGACGGGAUGCAAGGACGUAUAUUGACGGCCAACUUCUCGGUACUUACCAUACUUGCGACACCUUUAUGAUGAAACCUGAGACUACGCGAAAGGAAAGCUCAUCUAGUGCCAGUCAAGACGGUUAUCUGAAGUGUCCAGCGCUGUAAUGACAGAAGGGUCAUUUCUAGCCUGCAUUUUUCACUCUGAUCGAUUCGCUACAGAUCACAGGAUGUGAUAGUAGAGGUCUCGGUAUUUUAGCUCAAGGGUGCUUCCUUGCUGCAACAGCUUCAAAAUCUGGCUUUCGACCGAAGGUCAAUUUUAUUUGUUAUUUGGGUACUGACAAACUCUACAGCCACACUUGGUUUUAUUCUUUUGUCGUCGAUUUCACUAGCAUAGUCAAAUCGUUGCCUCAAAUCCGUUUGGCUUCUGGCUUGCUCAAGAAUGCACAAGUCAAAGUUUUGGCAGUAUGUUCCUUUUAUUUUUCAUCUUUUAGAUUCCUUGUGCCUGACACUCUGAGCAGAAUGUCGCAGUUUUCGACAAAGUGACACAGAAUCCAAUGGCACAAGCGUCCAAUCAGUCGUAGGGCACAACACCAGAAUAAGGUUUAGACAGUGCUGUGUGAAUAUUCCUUUAUUGUAAUACACCGCAGCUUGUAACCAUAGACUAGGGACAGAGUUGUGAUGCCAAAGUGUCCAAGCAUGGCAGCGUACCCUGGGUACAAUUUUAUUGUCUAAAUACAAAAUAUUGCGGUGUUUUCAACAAAGUAAGCUGAUUGUGCUUUGGCAAUGUACCACCGCUACCUGACGGGAUUUCCCCCCCAAAUUUUUACCGAACUUGUACAUAGCAGAUACUACUAUAAACAAGCAAGUUUCAAUCUAAAUGUCUUUUUUCAUACUGCUGCUGUACAAAACAAGCCACGGUGUAAGAUAUUUGUACAGGAAUCAAUCGCCAAUAAAGUUCUUUGGUAUGAAAA